AUGAGCUUCAAUGUCAGAGAUGCGCAGCGACGUGAGCAAAAAGUAGCUGAUGAUGCGCCAUUUGUUUAUCCGACAGUGAACAUCUCCCAGGACAAGUUCGUGCCGGCGCAGAAGGUCGUAGAGAUCUUUGCCAUAUUCUGGGCCUUUGAUCGAACCCGUGACAUAGCCGCCCUCAUCUACGCCCACGACCCAGUCGGCAGGGCCAUCCUGGCAAACUUUAAGAGACAAGCGCAGAUUCAGGCGGCAAUCCUUGGCGAGGGGGCAGUUUUGGACACCGAGACUUACCACUGGGUCGUGUCUGAAGUCGGGCACCCAGAUUUUGGCAGAACCAUCGAUGGGGGCCUUCUUGCAAAUGAGGCCACUGGACUUGCAUUCUCCCAAAAAGGCGUCAUCAUUCAGGGUGGUGAAGAGCUGUUUGUGGAGCGAGUGGGGGCGAGCGACCUUGAGGACUGGAAGCGGCGGCAUGGGCUCAACCGAGCGGAUGUCCGGCUCCUGGGAGAUCAUCGUGAUGCUGGAGGCAAAAAGGUUUUGGCCCUCAAGGACGCGGUGACCCUCAUGAAGUUGCCGAUCGACCCCGAGUUUCCCAUAGCUGGCGCUCGUGCGGCUAAGGAGUUCCACGAGGCGGUGGCUGCUUCCAAAGAGGGCUUCCUCACCUACCACUCGGAGUGGCUUCGACUUUCGGGAGUCAGUCGCAAGGCCAGUGCAUCCCACAUUCACCGUGCAAUCUGCGAAGCUUUGCGACUCAUGCGCAGCUACGACCAGGUUGACGCAAGCGCUUUGGCAGUGGGAGAACACCUUUGCAGAUGGGCCAUCCAGACUGAGCUUGCUGUGGAGCGCAACCCCAACAUGCCCGAUUUCUCAGGCUUGGACAUCAUCAGUGGCACGGCCAUUCUUCCCGAUGGCAGGGCUUCUACCAGCAAGUUCUCAGAGCGGGUGUCUGGCCGCCUUAAAGAAAGGGCUUCGCUCUGGAAACAAGAACGGCUCUUUCGUCAGGAACGCCGGCAGCUUCGCACGAAAGGUGGUCGGGCUCCUGGUGAUGAGUCCAGCUCCGAGGAGACAGGCAAGGGCGGCAAGAAGAAGAAAAAGAAGGGAGGCAAAGAUCAACCAGGUGAUGGAGCAGGAGCCGGCGCCUCGACGGGAGUCGCCUCUCGAUACAGAAAGCAUGGCGACCCUUUUCCUUUGCCACGGUUGGGUUCGACUUUUCCUUCUACGACUCCAGCCCGGCUCAAACUGCUCCAGCGAGCUGACGCGGCUCUCCGCUCUUUGAAUAAGCUUGCUGCGGUACCUACUUCGCCGACUACCUCUUCGUCGCUGCCGUUGACCUCGGUGCAAACCUGGAUGAUGGAUGAUGUGAUGAGGAGGGUGGGCCAGUAUGGCGAAUGUCCCCCCGAAAUCUCGGAGGCAUCCGCCUUGCCCGACUUGGGCAAACGCGCGCACCUGUAUACGCAGGAGGCCAACCACCUUGUGGACACGGACCUGGAAAAGAUCAAGAUUCUUCGUCGUCGACUUCAGCCCACAGACGCCAAGUCCCUGGCUCCACCGGAGGCACGCGGCUACUUGGAGCACUUCGGCACCUUCAUGAAACGCACGCCCGAGGAGUUGGAGGCACUCCGCCUCAACUCCGACCUGGUGGAACCUUACUGGGAUCCGGGUCUACGACGUGAUCGAGCUCGACGGCUUCAACUGUACGUGGCACUUCAUCAGGAAUCUCCUCACUUUUCGUCGACGCCGGAAGGCACGAGUGGGCUUCUUCACGGUGAGGAAAAAGGGCACGGAUCAGCAAAGGUUGAUCAUAGAUGCCCGACAGGCCAACUCCUGUCACAGACCACCUCCUAA